AUGAGCGAAUACGUGUAUGGCAGGAAAUUUGACGUCAUCAAAGACCACAAGCCGGAGGCUCUUCUGAGGCUGCUGCCAGUGGUCAAAGCCUCCAACAAAGCUCUACUGAGUGGCUGUAACCUCUCACUGAGAAACUGUGAAGCUCUUUCCUCAGUUCUCAGCUCCCAGUUCUCUGAUCUGAGACAGCUGGACCUGAGUAACAACAACCUACAUGAUUCAGGAGUGAAACUUCUGUGUGUUGGACUGAAGGACUCAUAUUGUACUCUGGAAACCCUCAGUCUGUCAGGCUGUAUAAUUGCAGAAGAUGGCUGUGCUUGUCUGGCUUCCGCUCUCAGCUUCAACCCCUCCUAUCUGAGAGAGCUGGACCUGAGCUACAAUCAUCCAGGAGAGUCAGGGAUGAAACUGCUAAAGGCUAGACAGAAGGAUUCACACUGCAAGCUGGACAUUCUCAGGCGCAGCUUUGGGUUGAAACCCUCCAUGCAUGGACAGGAACUUCCAUGUCUUGAUGUCAGUCACUUCUAUAGCCUCCUUUGGCCAGCUUAUUAUCCCAGCAGCGUAUCUGAUCAUGGAUAGCCUGGAUCUUGUUCUUACCAUUAAAGCUUUCCUAGCAACCUCCCAGAAAGAAGAAACCAGCGG